AUGAUUCUUGGUCACAAUUUUGAUUUGUCAGUUUUUGUUCAUAGCGGGAUACAACCACAAUUGAGACUAGACAUUAGUGUCAAGCAUUUUGACACUGGUAGACCUGUGAAGAAGGGCCGGGAAAUCAAGUUUGAACGUCAAAACUCCGAUGAAACUAAGUGCUGGCGCGCAGCUUAA